AGUCCGCCAGUGUUGGCUGCAGCUGAUGCUCGCGUCGCGGUGACAGUUGUUCAUCAUCACUCAUCUCCCUCAGUGGCAACGCUUGCUGGAUUCUUGUUUCUUUUGAUUUGAUCUACCUGCUUAAUACGCACCGCAUAGCAUACUCUCUCCUUUUCAUCGAAUUCACAACCGGACAACAAAUCCCUCUCUCUCUCUCUCUCUCUUCCUUCUAUGUUCUAUAUCCCGUGACUUGUCUGAUUCUUUAAUGGCAUCUUCCGUUAUCGCCAGAACUCUCUUUGCCACCCGCUCUGUUUUCUAUCCUCCCCUUUCUUCUUCUUCUUCAUCCACCCUCUUCCGCAAGCUCCAAUUCAAGUCUUCCUUUCUCAAUAGGCCAUUGUACUCGCAAGCAUCUUUCUCCCACUUAUCAUAUCAGGUUGCCAGUUCUGUUGCUUGUCGCAUGGCUUCAUCAUUGUCUGGGGCUCAAAUAUCAUUCUCACCAGCAUCCUUGACAACAAAUGAACCUGUUGUGUCAGUUGACUGGCUGCACACCAAACUCCGAGAUCCUGAUAUGAAGGUAUUGGAUGCAUCCUGGUACAUGCCAGAUGAGCAGAGAAAUCCACUUCAAGAGUAUCAGGUAGCACACAUUCCUGGUGCACUGUUCUUUGACUUAGACGGCAUAGCUGAUCGAACUACUAAUCUGCCACAUAUGUUGCCAUCAGAAGAAGCAUUUGCUGCUGCUGUCUCUGCUCUUGGUAUUGAGAACAAAGAUGGGGUGGUUGUCUAUGAUGGGAAGGGAAUCUUCAGUGCAGCCCGUGUCUGGUGGAUGUUUCGAGUUUUUGGGCAUGAUCGAGUUUGGGUUUUAGAUGGAGGCUUGCCUAGGUGGCGUGCUUCUGGAUAUGAUGUUGAAUCAAGUGCAUCCGGUGAUGCAAUUUUGAAAGCUAGUGCUGCCAGUGAGGCAAUAGAGAAAGUCUAUAAAGGACAUACUGCUGGACCUAUCACAUUUCUGACCAAGCUUCAGCCACAUCUUGUCUGGAAACUUGAGCAGGUUAGGAACAACAUUGAGGAAAAGUCACAUCAGCAUAUAGAUGCUCGAUCAAAAGCUAGAUUUGAUGGGGUUGCACCAGAGCCUCGAAAAGGAAUACGGAGUGGACAUGUUCCUGGUAGCAAAUGCAUUCCCUUUGCACAGAUGUUAGAUGGUUCCCAGACACUCUUAUCUGCAGAGGAGCUGAAGAAAAAAUUCGACCAAGAAGGGAUCUCUCUCGACAGCCCUAUAGUAACUUCAUGUGGCACUGGCGUAACUGCUUGCAUUCUUGCAUUGGGACUCCAUCGACUCGGGAAAACUGAUGUUCCAGUCUACGAUGGUUCAUGGACUGAAUGGGGAGCAAAUCCUGAGGUCCCGGUCUCCACUUCCGAAGCUCAAAAGCCAUGAUUUUGUGAUCAAGAAGACAUCAUCCCUAGUGUUCACUUGUUGGGUAUGUGGGAUUGGAAAACAUGUCUACGUUUCAAUGUACCUGGUUAUUUUAGUCUAAACAAAAGUUGUGAUUGAAUGAAUAUUGUCCACUUAAUUCACUGGUAGAACCGGUGGGUGGGUAUAAAAGUUAUCAGUUUCUC